GGCCAAACCACCACUACCACCAUUACCACCGCCACGUUUCCUUCCGUCAGAAUGGCGAACCCAUCGGACCCAGUGUACCUCAAGGCUCUCCUCGCAAUUCAGCCAUGGGCUCUUCAUCUCUGUUUCAUCUCGAUAACAAUCACCGGCUUCCUUAUUCUGUCGUUGCCGUUCCGGUACACUCCCGCGCCUGAUGGCCGGCCGCGAGUUGUCGUUUUGGUCCUUGGCGAUAUAGGGCGAAGUCCGAGAAUGCAGCAUCAUGCGCUUUCUAUUGCACGCAAGGGAGGGAAGGUGGAUCUUGUUGGGUACAAUGAUACGCCUCCGCGCCAGGAGAUCCUUUCGAAUCCCUCCAUCUACAUCCAUCCAUUGAAACCACCGCCAAAGUUUUUGGACACCUCUACGGCAACGAAAUUCGUAUUCUUUGCCCCGUUCAAGGCGCUCUACCAGCUUCUUACGCUCCUGGAUACGCUCCUUUACACCAUCCCCAUUACAACGGGAUAUGUGCUGGUUCAAAACCCUCCCUCUAUUCCAACAUUGGUUGUGGCCAAGGUUGCCGCAGUUCUGAGGGGCCAGAAGGUGGUUAUCGAUUGGCACAACUUCGGCUACAGCAUCCUGCAGAUGAAGUUGAAGGAACACCCGUUGGUCCUGGGCGCGAAGCUCUACGAGAUAAUCCUCGGUCGCAUAACAGCUGACGCGAACUUUACCGUUACCGCCUCGAUGAACAAGCGCCUCCGCGAAUCGUGGGGUUUCAAGUCUCCAAUCCACACACUUUACGACCGGCCGCCCUCGCACUUCCAGCCCUUCUCCGACUCCGAGCGCGCCACGUUCCUCAAAGCCAACGCCGACGUUGCCCCAUACGCCGACAAGAUCCUCUCGGGGCAGACCAAGCUGCUCAUUUCCUCGACCUCCUGGACCGCCGACGAAGACUUCUCGCUCCUCCUCGGCGCGCUGUCCGUGUACGACCGGCGCGCCAGCGCCGAGAACUUCCUGCGGCCGAACUCGGUCCCGUCGAUUCUCGCGGUGAUCACCGGCAAAGGUCCGCUGCGCGAUGGAUACAUGGCGCGCGUGGAAUCCCUCGAGUUCCAGUACAUCACCGUAAAGAGCGUGUGGCUCGAGGCAGAGGACUACCCGAAGAUGAUUGCGUGCGCAGACCUGGGCGUGAGCUUGCACACCAGCAGCUCCGGCAUGGACCUGCCCAUGAAGGUCGUGGAUCUGUUCGGCGUGGGCGUGCCAGUCGCAGCGGUAAGGUUCGAAAGUGUCGGUGAGCUCGUGAAGGAGGGCGAGAAUGGCGUCACCUUCACCACUGAGGAUGAGCUGGCCGGUGUACUGGGAAGACUGUUUGACCCCAGGAGAAAGCAGGAGCUGGAAAAACUCAAGGCGGGCGCGUUGAAGGAGACGGAGAAUCGAUGGGAUCAGAACUGGGACAAGACUGCGGCACCAGUGUUUAGCCUGUAGGCUGUACGAGUAGAUCGACGCGCGUGCACUUGGGAAUACAUUAGGUACAUACAUUCAAUCUUGGGGACACUUUGGCACUUGAAUACUUAGGCAGGCCGCUUUUGAAUAAUACAAUAUCAC